CAAUAGUCUGCCAUUAAUCAAUCACUCAAUCUUAUAAUCAUAGAUACCCGAAAGCCUAAAACAACAUUCCCUCCAUUAAUUUCUAACCGAGAGAGAGAAAAAGAAUCCUUUAAUUUUCUCUCCAACCAAACACCCAAAACCCUACAAUUCAGAUUGCGAAUUAGACCAAUCCGGACAAAUCUAAGACGAACCCACUUCAAUUCGCAAUCCCAGAAGUCAAACCUGAUCCCCAAUUGUUUUUUGGGCUAAGAAAAAUUGGGAAUUUUUGUGAAAUUGGCAAAUGUCACAGUUAAAGCCAAUCUCACACCUUGAUAGCGUGUUGCCAUCCACGCCGGGAAAGUUUAAGUCGGAAAAGUCGCCGUCGUACAUUCACCGUCUCCGAUUUCACACUUCCAUUUCCAAACUCACUCUCUGGUCUUCUUUCUUCCUUGCUUUUAUACUAAUCUACUACCUUUGCUCUUCGCCUUCGCCUUCUCCCUCGUCUCGUCGAGCCCUCGGCGUCUCUUGGGGCGGCAAGGAGUGGGAACGACGCGUUACUCGAUCGACCCAGAAGCAUUCGAAAUCUGGGUUAACUGUUCUGGUCACUGGCGCCGCUGGGUUUGUGGGCACACACGUCUCGAUCGCUCUGAAGCGGCGUGGAGAUGCGGUUCUUGGACUUGACAAUUUCAAUGACUACUACGAUCCGGGUCUCAAGCGUGAUCGCCAGAAGCUUUUGGAGCGUACUGGGAUUUUCGUGGUAGAAGGAGAUAUAAACGACACUUUGCUUAUUUCGAAGCUUUUCGAGGUGGUUCCCUUUACCCAUGUGAUGCAUUUAGCGGCUCAGGCUGGUGUUCGGUACGCAAUGCAAAAUCCCGGGUCUUAUAUUCACAGCAACAUUGCUGGGUUUGUGAACCUUUUGGAAGUAUGUAAGGCGGCGAAUCCUCAGCCGGCGAUCGUUUGGGCUUCGUCUAGUUCGGUCUAUGGGCUCAAUACUAAGGUGCCCUUUUCAGAAAGGGAUCGUACGGAUCAACCGGCGAGUCUUUAUGCGGCGACUAAGAAGGCUGGUGAAGAGAUUGCUCAUACUUACAAUCAUAUAUACGGGCUUUCGAUUACUGGGUUGAGGUUUUUCACCGUGUAUGGUCCAUGGGGUCGUCCGGAUAUGGCUUACUUCUUCUUCACUAAGAAUAUUCUCAAGAGGAAGACAAUCACAAUCUUUGAAGCGCCUAAUCAUGGAACGGUUGCCAGAGAUUUUACCUACAUCGAUGAUAUUGUAAAGGGUUGUUUAGCUGCCUUGGACACGGCUAAGAAAAGCACUGGAACUGGGGGAAAGAAGAAAGGCAAUGCUCAGUUUAGGAUUUUCAAUCUUGGGAAUACUUCACCUGUGCCAGUGACACAACUAGUGAGAAUAUUGGAGAGGCUUUUGAAGGUUAAGGCUAAGAAGAAGAUCUUGUCAAUGCCAAGGAAUGGAGAUGUGACUUUUACUCAUGCCAAUAUAAGUUUAGCGUACAGGGAACUUGGGUACAAGCCUUCCACUGAUUUGGAGACUGGUUUGAAGAAGUUUGUACGUUGGUACCUUAAUUAUUACCCAGAUGCAAAGAGGAAUUCCUGGUGAAUUUGUCUACUUGACUCUUAUACUUUAAGGCAUCAAAAUUUGUCGUUUGCAUUGCAUUGAUUGUCUAUAUCUUCUUUCAAUUUCAUAACUUUUAUGAGGAGUCUCAACUUUGUUACACUCUCAUGAUACUGUCAUAAACAAAUUAAUCAUGUCCUUUAACGGGUUUAGCUCCCGUUUGCAGUGAAUACUCGAUCUAUAUCAAGUGAAAACUAGCAGGAUCUUCAUUGUUUUUUUUAUUACAUGUUUCUUCAAGGAUGCCAUUUCCAGUUUAGGUGAUGUACAGUUCAUGACUGAUAGACCUCAAUGAUAUGCUGAUUGAUGGAGUAAUUUUUAUCCGGAGCUCACUUCAAUAAAGUUGAUUUUUAUGAAA